UUCUCAUAACAAAAGAUUUAAAAAAUAAAAUAAAAAAGUGCGCUACUUUGUCUUGUUCCAUCAGGCUUGGCCUUAGGGGCUUAGGGCUGAUAUGAACUUCACUUACACUUUUCUUUAAAGUAUCCCCUAAUUUGGCAAACACCCAGAUAUAUUUCAGUUACUGAAGUGAAAUAGAUUAGAAAAUUAACUCCAUAGAGAAGAAAGGAAAGUUGCUUAGAUUUACUUGUAUUGAGGUAUACCAAGGAAAUGAAUAAAAGUAGGUAGCACAAGGGGAGGAAUUGUUUUUUAUUUUAUUUUAAAUAACUAGUGAGGGGAAAAUCUUGUAAUUGCCUGUUAAAGUGAUUUGUACAAUUGAGCAUAUGUGAGAUUUAAGUUAUUACUUCUAUGGAAAUUGAUCUUGAAUUGCCUUCGGGGUUUUACAACAACAACAACAUACCUAGUGUAAUCCAACUUGUGGGGUCGCCUUUGGGGCUUGACAAAAAGUUAGAUAAUUAUGUGGGCACAAGUGCUAUUAAUGAUUCAAUUCAAAGUCAUGGCGGGAAAGAAAAUGUGGAAGAGAAUGUUGAUGGAAGUGGAAAUGAGACAGGUAUAGAUAUUGUUGAUGUUGAUGUUAUAGAUAAGGGUAUAGCCCACAGUGAGCCACAAAAAGGUAUGGAAUUCGAAACGAAGGAGGCUGCGUAUUCUUUCUACAAGGAGUAUGCGAGGUCAGUGGGAUUUGGCAUCACGAUAAAGGCUAGUCGUAGGUCAAAGAAGUCGGGAAAAUUUAUUGAUGUGAAGAUUGCGUGCUCUAGAUUUGGGGCAAAGCGCGAGUGUGGUAGUUCUCGAUCAUGUCCCAAGACUGAUUGCAAGGCCAGUAUCCAUGUGAAAAGAAAGCAAGAUGGAAAAUGGUAUAUUAAUAGUUUCGUGAAGGAACAUAAUCAUGAAAUUUGCCCGGAUGACUUUUAUUACUCUGUUAAGGGUAGAAGUAAGCAGUCGGCUAAUGUUGUUUACGAGAAAAAAGGACUGCAACUCGUAUUGGACGAGGGGGAUGUGGAACUGCUGCUUGAUACUUUAUCUCUUAUGCAAGCGGAGAGACCUCAUUCUUACUAUGCUAUAGACUUUGACAAAGAAAAACGUAUGAGAAAUGUAUUCUGGAUUGAUGCAAAAGGUAGAAAUGAUUAUGUCCAUUUUUGUGAUGUAAUUUAUUUGGACAGCUACUACAUCAGAAACAAAUACAAAGUCCCAUUUUUACCCAUCAUAGGGGUGAAUCAUCAUUUCCAAUUUUUGUUGCUUGGAUGUGCCUUGGUCGGGGAUGAAUCAUUAUCAACAUUUUCUUGGUUAAUGCAUACUUGGCUUAGAUCUGUAGGUGGCCAGAGUCCUAAAGUAGUUAUUACCGAUGAUGAAAUUUCCUUGAAAGAAGCAGUAGAUGAGGUUUUCCCUGACGCACGACAUUGUUUUUGUUUGUGGCAUGUAAUGGGAAAAGUUUCUCAAAAUCUUGGUAAUAAGAUAAGUAAUACUGAUGAUUUUGUAAAGAAGUUGAAGAAAUGCAUGUGGUUGCCACUUAAAGAAGAAGAAUUUGAAAAAGGAUGGUGGAAAAUGGCCGAUUCAUUCAAACUGAGGGAUGAUGACUUGAUUCGAUCAUUGUUUGAAAAUCGAACAAAAUGGGUUCCAGUGUACAUGAGGAAUACUUUCUUGGCCGGACUCUCUACAGUUGAGCGGUCUGAAAGUGUGUCUUUCUUCUUCAAUAGUUAUAUUUCGUCUGAGACUACUUUCAAAGGGUUCAUUGAUCAAUACAAACUAUUCAUGCAUGGGAUGUAUGAGGAGGAAGCAAAAGCUGAUAUUGAAACACGUCACGGAAAGCCUAUAGUAAAAACUCUCUCCCCUUAUGAGAACCAAAUGUCUGCUGUCUAUACAAACUCGGUAUUCAUGAAAUUUCAAGCUGAGGUUGUUGGCGUUGCUGCUUGCACUAUUCUGAAUGAAGUUGAAGAGGGAACAGAAAAGUUGUUUAAAGUCAAUGACCGUGAUAAGAACCAGAGUUUUAUGGUAUCAUGGGGUGGAAGAGAAUCUUGCAUCGUCUGUUCAUGCCAUUUCUUUGAGUAUAUAGGUAUUCUUUGUAGACAUGCAGUUACGGUUCUAAAAGUAUCUGGUGUCCCCAGUAUCCCACCGGUGUAUAUAUUAGAGCGGUGGACACGGGAGGCAAAAAUUGAAGGGAGAGCGUGCGGGAUUCCAAGCAACCCUCUUUAUAGGACCCAACGCCUCAAUGAUCUUUGCAAACUUGCUGCCAAAUUGGGGGAAGUUGGAUCUUUAUCCCAGGAAACCUAUGAAUCAGCUGUAAACGCACUCAAAGCUGCCAUGAAUGAUUGUGUCAAUGCAAAUAACUCUGUGAAGAGUGCAUCAGUCUCUAACUUUUCAUUUUCUCAAUGCAAUCAUAAUGUUGAUGAAGAGAUUCAAGGUGGCAGCAUGGCAAAGUCCUCAAAGAGAAAGAAAGUACAGAAGAAGCGCAAGUAUUGUAGGUUCAAUCUAAUGUUGAAGUACUAUCUGCCGAUAUCCAAGAUAGCAGCCUGGAGAUGGAUCAAUCAAACUCAAAACUACCAACUCAUGAAGAUGCUUUCCUUGCCCAGAGGCACGUACAAGAAUCCAGGCCCCAGAAUGGAAACUAUUGACGGAUACUAUGUUCCUCAUCAGAGCGUUCAUGGAUUGGGUCAGUUGAGUUCGUUUUCUAUGUUACAAGAUAGCUAUUACAGCAAUCAUCAAGCCUCACAAAACGUUCUGGGAAACUUGAAUUAUAUAUCACCCCAUGGUGGUCAUUACUCUCCUCAAAGUAUUCAAGGACCGUUGCAGGGACAACUUAGCUUCAGAGCGCCACUACUGCAUACUUCUUUUGACAUUCGGGGAAAUUCAUCUGAUAUGAUUUCAAAUCCAGGAACUCGACGUGUCAACAGUGAUGGACUUCAAAUGUUGCCAUCAACUUAUCUCUAACAUCUAACUUCAAAUUGUUAGAUCUGAAGGAAAUAAUUUAAGCACGUGCGCUUUGUAAUAUGAAAGUGUCACCAUAUUGAGAAGAACUCAUUUUGUUUCUUUUGCUGGGUCACGAACUCCAUUUGGAUACAGGAGAACACUUUGAAAUUGAAUUGGUUUUUGUUGAUUGGAGUAAUAAUAUGGGUGAUAAAAAUAUAUGGUAUGUGCUGUGAUUUUUGGUGGUGGAAGAAUGAAUUUGGUGGUAGGUAAUGAAUUUGGUUAUGGUGGGUGAUGAAAUCAAUUGUAAUUGCUAUGAUAUUUGGUGGUGGAAACAGUGAAUUUGUUCAUUAAUGUGUAUAAUCUUAAAUUUAAGCUAUUAAUUAAUAAGACAAGAUUUAUUUUCAACUAUUUUGCCUCGAGGCAUAACUUUUAUUAUAUACACCUACAGGUUUUGCUCAAUAGGGCAAACUUCGCUUGAUUAUUAUUCAAUUUAUUUUUUUAUAUAAAAAUUCAAUUAGUUUUGCCUCACAU